UAUUCGACACAACACCGGUGUGACCUCAUGAUUGGGGUUCUCCUCAUACAUCCAUGGAUAACACGCUGGACAUCAUCCACUACCGGUUUGUGGUGACAGUACGUUUUACGUCACCGGCAGACGGACAGACACGUUACUGCUGCAACACUGACCACCUUACAUUACGUACACGUUAUUUACCGUAGCUCGCCGUAGCUGGGUGUGAAUGAAGGAGGACCUGCGAAGAGCAGCACCGGGACUUCACCGUUGCGUUCCUGCAGACUACAGAAUGCCAUCUCUGUCGGAGCAGCUGCAGGAGGUGCGGAGUCGGGCUGAAGUGUGUCUGUUUUCCGGUGGCAGUGUGGUGGAGGUGCGGGUCGGGGUGAUGGCUAUGGCUAAUCUGCCCUUACCGUCCUGCUCCAAAUACUGUCACAUCGCCGCAGAGACCAUGGUGAUAGAAAACAGCUUUGGCAGCAACAGGAAGGAGACCCUCGCAUCUCUCCAGCGCUUGUCUACAGCAUUGAACAUCCUAGAAAAGUACGGCUGUAAUUUGACAAAUCCCAACAGGCCAAAGUACUGGAGGACCGUGAAACACAACAACCCAGUGUUCAGGGCCACCGUUGAUGCUAUUCAGGGAGGACGAGCAGUGCUCUGUCUCUAUGGUUACUCCAAUCAGCAGCCAGACGGGCUCAGCUUCCCUGAUGAUGUCACGGAUCCUGAUGUGGGCUGCGUUGCUGCGGUAACGCUAGAAGUGAUGAGUCUGAGGAUGGAGCUCGAAAUGCUUAUUAAGGAGGCUCAUCCCCACCCUGAAUUCUACGAGAGAAUCAUUCCUACACUAAGACACAAGGAUGUAGGUCUCAACACUGAUGCUGUGAUCUGCCACUUCUCCUCCACUUCAUGCCUCUCAGGUGGUCAGACCAAGUCUCUGGCCUUCCCCCUCCACCAUCACUCUUCCAGGGUGAGCAGUCGUGGCCAGUCCCUGUCCACCAACCACCAAAGUCUCCGGUCCAUUCAGGUCUUUCCCACCUCCUCAAACAAGCACCCAGAGAACUGCACUAUCUGUGGGAUAUUCCGCAUCUCUGCCCACUGCCUCACCUGCCUCCAGGGGCUCUGCUCAGAAUGUGACAGAUUGUACCACUCCUACCCUGAGAGGGCCAACCACCGGCGAACAGCUGUCUUGUCAUCGUCAACAUCAUCCCAGAACAGGAAAAGUCAAAGUUCUUCCACCUGGCGUUGCCUCCACUGCACCAAAGUCAACUUCAUCCAGGAUGUGCUCUGUGAGGAGUGUGAGCGGCCUCGCCUGGAGCUGAUCAGCUGUAAAGCAGAUGAAUCUCAGCCUGCCACCAUUACUGAGUGGCAGUGUAAGAGCUGCACCAUGGUGAACGCAGCCAGCAGUAUUCUGUGCAAAGUGUGUGAAAGACCUCGUUUGGCCACACGACCUCCAGUAACCCCGUCACACCCACCCAUCACCCCCCCCAGACCACCAGCACCAGUACUGGGCAUGCCCGGUGACCCUGACAGCCAGUGGGUGUGUCAGUUCUGCACCUAUCUGAACUACUCUCCUGCUACGGUGUGUGAGAUGUGUGACCUGGCUCGUCCGGAGCCCGCCCCACUGCCCGCGAAGCUCCGUCCUCCCUCUCCGGUCAGACGGGUCCCCGCGCUGACGAUCAAACCCAAAGAGCCCGCCCCCGAAGACCUGGACUCCUGGAGGCAGAGGCUGAUGAAGGAGGAGGGACUGAAGCUCAUUCAGCUGAUCAGAGAUGGGGAGAAGAAAGGAGUGAGUCCAGAGGAGGUGUACACAAGCAGGACAGUAGCAGGGGACAGCAGCAUCCUGCCGUGCAAGUGGUUAAAGACGGAGCUUCCUCUGCUGUUAGACCUGAUCAGGACGUCGGUGGCAACCUCUCCCCUUCAGUCUGUCUGUGACCAGAACACAGCAGAGCGCACAAGCAGGUCGUGUGAAGCUCCUGCCGAGGAUGCCGGGAAAGAGGCGGAACCUGUGAAUGUGGUCCAGCUGUCCAGAGCGGAGGCCAAGCAGGCCUGGCUGACAGCAGGGGGCGACACCGAGCGAGCUGCCAGUCAAGCUCUGAGAGACAGACUAGCCAAGGUGAAGGAGCUGUGUGCGCUGGGCUUCAGCGACGAGGCUCGCUGCCAUGAGGUCUUGAGGCAGAGCGGCGGUGAGGUGAGAGGGGCUCUGGCCCUGCUGCAGCGACCACUCCUGGAGCCCUUCCAUAAGCACAUUUGGAGUGACAAGCCCGAGCCUCCCGUGGACAUCCAUCACCCUGACAAACAGCGCAUAUGUCGGAGGUUACUCGCGGUGUACGAUCUCCCCAGCUGGGGUCGCUGUGAGCUGGCACUGUCGCUGCUCCUGGAGCACAGCGCCCCCUACUCACUGGAGGACGUGGUGCAGGCUGUGCGAGAGUCCCACGACAGGGAGUUCAUCAAGCGAGUGCUGGCUAAAGACUGUCCCAUCUGCCUCUCCAUCUUCCCCCACAGCAAGAUGCAGUCUCUGACGUCGUGUCAGUGCUCCGUGUGCUGUGAUUGCUUCCAGCAGCACUUCACCAUCGCUGUUCGGGACAAACACAUCAGAGACAUGGUGUGUCCGGUUUGCUGGGAACCUGACAUCAAUGACCCUGAACACCUCAACAGCUACUUCUCCACCCUGGACAUCCAGCUGCGUGAGUGUCUGGAGCCAGAAGUCUAUGAACUGUUCCAUAAGAAGCUGACAGAGCAGGCUCUAAUCAAGGACCCCAAGUUCCUCUGGUGCUGUCAUUGUUCAUAUGGGUUCAUCUAUGAUGGAGACCAGCUUAAAGUCACCUGUUUUCAGUGUCGUAACAGUUUCUGUGCUCAGUGUAAGAAGCCUUGGGAGUCUCAGCAUACAGGUCUGUCCUGUGAACAGUACCAGUCCUGGAAGAGAGAGAAUGAUCCGCAGUAUCAGAGACAGGGCCUGGCUGGAUACCUCAGAGACAACGGCAUCAUUUUACAAAAUUGUUACAUAUUUUCCACCAUUAAACCUUGCAAAUACAACAACCUGUCUGUUCCUUGGAGGAUACGGUGCUGGGAAAUAUAUUGUCAAGCCGGCUGUAUAGCUGAAAACUACGUUUUACUAAAACAACUUUUAGUGAGGACAGCACAGUAAAAAGAUGACCACCUACCGUGGGACUUUAAGGAGGAUUUUCGGAUAGACAAGCUACACUGCACUUCAUCACCAUGGAAACUACUAGGUCAGUAGAUGCUCCAGAUGAAGCCAAAGUGAAAUGCUCAAAAGAUCGUGUUGAAACAGUUACGAGCCUGUCUCACCAUCGCUCCAGAAAGUCAAGCUCUUCACGCUCAUCGACGAGCUCUGGAGCCAGCUUAGAAGCAGCAAGGGCCCGUGCUAAAGCAGAGGUGGCAAAAAUCAGACUGACCUUCACAGAAAAGGAGAGUGAACUCAAAAUUAAGAAAGCCAAGCUGGAAGCCAGAAUUGACUUCAUCAACCUACAACGAGAAGCUGAAGUUGCCCAUGUAGAAGCUGUAGUGCUGGAGAGAGCAGCUGCAGAUAUGGAUGGCUCGGACCAUAUUGAAGAACCUGAGUUCUUGCCACUUCAAGAGAGUGCACUGAAAAGAACGCAUGACUAUGUCACCCACCAUGCCCUGCAUCAUUACCCACAGGCACCUAGAGAGGAAAAGGAAGUUUACCCCUUACGUCCAAUUCUCACACCCCAGCACGACAACACUGCGCAGACCCAGGUGCACAUCAUCAAUAGGAGAUCGAUGUACCAACAAAGGGACACACAGGAGCUUCAUACAGAUUUACUACAGCAGAGGAAUUAUGACCAUCAGCACAGUGCUCUUCCCACAAAGCCAUCACCCUCAGACAACACAAAUCGUAACACUACAACAGCUGAUCUUGCCAAAUUUCUUGCUAAAAAUCAGCUAGUGUCCUCAGGAUUGACAACGUUUGAUGACCUACCCGAACACUACCAAGCUUGGAGAGAGACACAAUUGAAAGCCUUGAGCUGUCAGCAAGUGAAGAGAUGGAUUUGCUGAUCAAAUGGCUGGGUAAGGAUUCAAGUGAGCAGGCACUUAGGAUUAGGUCGGUAAAUGUCAGGCAACCCUCCCUUGGUCUUAAAACAAUUUGAGAGAGAUUAAACAAAACAUAUGGAUCUCCAGAAGUACUAGAGAGAGCUCUUUUUAGUAAAAUAGAGAACUUCCCCAAGAUCCAUAACAGAGACAGUAAAAAACUUCAAGAGCUGGCAGACCUACUGAUAGAAUUGGAUAUCGCCAAAAGAGAUGGAUACUUACCAGGACUAGCUUACCUUGACACAGCAAGGGGAGUGCAGCCCAUUGUCGAGAAGCUGCCCAUAUAUCUCCAGGACAAGUGGCUGUCUCAAGGAUGCAAAUACAAAAGAGAACAUUGUGUGGCCUUUCACCCUUUCUUCUUUUUUCGAGAAUUCGUCUGCAGGGAUGCUGAAGACCGAAAUGACCCAAGCUUUGACCUUCCCACUCUCGUUCCAACCUCUUACAAGAAUGAGAAGUUAAGUCACAUGAAACCGGUCUCUGUACAUAAAACGAGCAUAUCAUCAGAUACAGUGACCAAAACAGAAAAUCUUGACAGACUUUGCCCCAUGCAUAACAAACCCCACCCACUGAAGAGAUGCAGAGGGUUCAGGAAAAUGAUCUUAGAUGACAGAAAGCGAUUCUUAAAAGAGAACAAUAUAUGCUUUCGCUGCUGUGCUUCUACUACGCACCAGGCAAAAUCCUGUGAAACUCCCAUCAAAUGUACAGAGUGUGACAGCAAUAAACACCUCGCUGCUCUUCACCCUGGUCCUGCUCCGCAAUAUCAGCCAGGUUUUUCCCCUUCUUCAGAGUACGGCGGGGAGAGGGAGGACACAAGGCAGCCAGAUAUCACAUCAUGGUGUACCAAAGUAUGUGGUGAGGAAUUCAAAAGCAAAUCCUGUUCAAAGAUCUGCAUUGUGAAUGUGUAUCCCAGUGGUCAUCGCAACCUACAGAGAAAAAUGUAUGCCAUUUUAGAUGACCAGAGCAAUGUGUCAUUACCUCGAUCAGAGUUUUUUGAAAUGUUCAACAUCGGUGGAGCAGCAGUGGCAUACACACUCAAAACCUGUGCAGGGAUGGUGGAAACAGCUGGCAGAAAAGCCCAUGGAUUCACAGUAGAAUCUAUAGACGGAAAAAUAGACAUCCCACUACCUACACUAACUGAGUGUAACGAAAUCCCAAACAAUAGAGCAGAGAUCCCGACACCAGAAGCUGCGUACCACCACCAUCACCUAAGGCAGAUAGCAACUGAAGUCCCACCCCUUGAUCUACACGCUGACAUCCUGCUGCUAUUGGGAAGAGACAUUAUUAGGGCCCAUAAGGUACAUAAACAGCACAAUGGCCCUCACUAUGCACCAUAUGCACAAAAGCUAGACCUUGGGUGGGUCAUCAUAGGGGAUGUAUGCCUAGGAGGCGCUCACAAGACAAACAUAGUGGGUGCCUUGAAAACCUGCAUCCUUGAAAAUGGAAGACCAACUUGCCUGAGAAUCAGAUACGAGUGAAAGAAAUCUACAGUAUCGAA